AUGUCGGACAAUGAAGAUUUUAUGAUGUCGGAAGAGGAGGAAGACCCAUUUGAAUAUGAGGAUUCAGAUGAUGAAAUGGUUGCCUCUGAUGGCGGUAGCUUCCAAGAGGAUUCGGAUGAAGAAGGAGAAGAAAGUUUAGAAAAUCAAUAUUAUUCUGCUAAGUCUAUUAAGGAAGAUGACUUGGAUGCCGCAUUGGAGUUGUUUGCUAAGAUAAAGGAUCAAGUUGAAGGCGGCGAGGGUGAUAAACAAAAAGUGUGGAAAUUCAAGUCCCUUAAGCAACUUAUGAAAAUUCAUUACCAAUUGAACCAUAUGGAUGAUUUGAUGAAAUUAUACAAGGAGCUCUUAAACAUGAAUGAUUAUAUUGAAGAUAAAAAUUACUUUUUGAGUUCAUUGGUAAAAAUUAUUGAUCGAUAUGGCAAAUCAAAUAAUCCAGAAUUUCUUGAGAAAUUUAUCGAGUUGCCAUUGGCACAUCCCUCUUAUUUGAAUGAUAAAUUAUUUAUAAAGUUGAAUAUUGCUAAAUUGAAUUUUUUGGAAGGCAAGAAUGAUGGAGAAAACAACCUCUCUGCAAUUGACCAGUUGAUCGAUUUGGUAAUUGAGAAAUGUGAAGAGACCACUAAUGAGUAUACCAAAAAGCAACACUUGUUGGAAACAUAUUCGAUUCAGUUGAAGAUAUUAUUGUCCAUGUCAGAUAUAGGGAGUAUUAAUUCAAUAAAGAAGUUGAGGAACACGUUCAAAAAAUGUAAUGAGCUUGAACAUAAUAUUAUUGCUCAUCCCAAGAUAUUGGGGGUUAUAAAUGAAGCCCAAGGGAAGCUUUUAAUGAUAGAAAGAGACUUCCAUAAAUCAGUUGAAAUAUUGAUGGAAAGUUUCAAGAAUUAUGAUGAAAGUGGGUCCAAUGUUGAUAAAUCGAGGAUCUUAAAAAAUUUAAUAGUUUUGAACCUUUUGAAUUUGAAAUCGGAAGUCAGUAUUUUGCAAUCCAAUGAAAUCAAGCCAUAUUUAAGAAACUCUGAUGAUGAGGAUAUUGAUAAUUUAAUGAAACUAUUGAAAUAUUAUGAGGAUAAUGAUAUUUCAAGCUUCCAUCAAUUAAUCGCAGAUUCAGAGUCUACAAAAGAGCAAUUUAUCACCAAGGAUGAUUACAAUUUCUUGAAAAUUUUCAAAGGGGAUAUUAUCAAUUCAAUAAACUACAAGUCCCUUAAUAACUUUUUCAAGUCAUUUAGCGCUUUGCCAAUUGAUUUCUUGUGCAAAGUUUUGAAUAUUGACAAUAAAUUGCAACUAGAGGAAUUGGUAUUUGAUAUGAUUAGUGAGGACAUUUUACUUUAUGAUAUCAAAUUCGAUUAUGUUAGUUCAACUAUCCUUGUUUCCAAUGAUAGUAAUAACCCUUUGAUACCCCCACAAUUGAAAUAUAUUGACAUUAUUGCCAACUUAAAGAACUAUAACCAAAAGGAUAUUGCGUCUAAAUUGUUGAUUGCCGAAAAUAUUGAUAAAUUAUCAAUUGAAUCUAUCAGGGAGUGGUUAAUAAGAAUACAAAGCUCCAUUCCGGCAGUUUCAAAAGAGAAAUUAACCCAAAAUGAAAAAGUACAGUUAGAAAAAUCGUUUGCCAUAAAGAAAGUCACUUCGGAAAGAGGUCAUUUAGAUUUCAAUGAUUCUUUGAAUAUUGUCACUCAAGAUGAUAAGUUGUCAUCGUUAUUGGUGCGUAACCUCAAACUAUGCUCUAGUGAUCAACAAAGAAAAGUAAACUCAUCCAGCAAGGUUGAUAGGUUCCAAUCUCUCAUUGCUUUAAGUGAAAGAUUAGAUAACUAUCAAAAUACAAUUUUCAAUGAUGCAGACUUGACGUAUGUUCCAAACUAA